CUGCGAUCUCCGAAUCCGUUCCCUGAACGCUCUUCCGGCCUCUACGAGCUGCGCGCGCUCACUGAGCCACGGUAUUCGCCACCUCGUGGUGAGGGCGUGCCCCUGGGCACCGUCAUCUCCAACCCUUUGGACGAAGCUCAGUCCGAGCAGGUUGCGGCGCAGAUGGCUCCCAGGCGCUCCCAGCGCCCCGAGCUGCGGCCUCUGCUGAACCCCAGCACUGCCGACGACGGCUUCCGGCCUCGCGACCCCGCGGAGGCCUGUCGCCAGGCGUUCCAGCAGUCUCUCGCGCUACACACCAUUGGGCCCGCGGCCCGUACUCCGGAGGAGCUCGCACUGCGUACGUCUCUGCGAGAGCGGCUCCUCACUCCACAGUCUACGACUGUCGCGGAGUAUCGCGAGAGGGCUGCGGCUGCAAGCCCAGCAGAAGUCCGUGCCCGACACUCAAUUGAGUACGAAGCUCAGUUCGAGUCUUGGGCCGAGCACAGCCGAAAGCUCAGAUCCAUGGACGCUCUCCGAGCCAGCUUCAGUGAAGUGGAUGUUCGCAUUGAACGCAAGCUCCGC